AUGGGCGGGCAGCCGGAGCUGCGGGCCCUCCUUUGCGUGUUGGCCAUUGCUGUGGCGGUUGGCGGCGCCGCGGCCCGCCGCCCCCACGCCUACCCCCACCCGCAGCAGGACUGGGAGCAGCUGCGCAGGCGGUGCGAGGGGCUGGGAGGCGGCUGCGUCAGCGUGGACGAUGGGAGCGUGGACGGCGGCGUGGCGGCCUGGGAGAACUGCGUCCGGCGGUGCAUGUCCCCUGCCUGCUACGGCGGGCUGUACGAGCGGGACGCGCUGGAGGAGGGGGAGGAGGAGGGCGAGCGUGGCGCCACCUUCCGCGCCUGCGUGCUGCGCGAGGCACGGCAGGCGCGCGCCGCGGCGCUGGGCCUGCCGCCCCAGCCGCGCCGCACCCCGGGCUACAAGCACACCCGGGGCUGA